AUGUCGCAGACACUCGGUCACAGAAAGGACUCGCACAUCCGCGAGUACUAUGGCUUUGUGCUUUAUCUGACCUCCUUCAUUGUGCUCGCUCUGUAUCUGCUGUGGAUGUUCAUCCCAGAUCCGAUAUGGGAGUCUAUGGGGAUCUACUAUUAUCCAAACAAGUAUUGGGGCCUGGCUGUGCCUCUUUGGAUCUUGAUGCUCAUCCCUUUCACCCUUGCAGCCUAUACGGGCAUCAAUCUCGUCCGCACAGACCCACUUGACUCGUUCAACACCGUUUCUGACGAGCACCAGAACCUGUUCGAACUCUCAUCUGAACCCGAUCGCCGGAAGGUUCUCGACUUUUUGGAUCCGUCAGCGGCUCAGUCGCUGGGUGUGCCUCGUCUGCAGGACAUACCCGUGAGUCUUGUCAAUAAGACGCUGUACGAUUAG